AUGCGAGUAGUCGAAUAUGCUAACGAGCCGUUGCGGGCAUUAUGGAUAUCAUACGACAGAAAGCCUGGAUGUGGGGCAAACGAAAAUGAUAAAGCUCGACCUACCAUAGUCGAUCCAAAGAAAGAUGACGAGACAAAGAUGCAGACAGAGGAAAUUGUAGACGAUGAGCAGAUCAAUAGCGAUGAUGAUGAAAAAUUCUCAUGUCGAAAUUCCUGGCCGCUGGUAGAAGACCUCCAACGCAGGUGGCCUCGAAUGAAUCGUUUGAUCCUCGAUUGCAUUCGGUCGUUACUCGCGCAAAAACUAUUGAUGAUUACAAGAACCUACGCAUCUUGGGAGAAGCGCUUAUGGGGUUGUCAAGGUGCAUACAAUGCGAAAGAUCCAGAAAAGGAAUUAGUGAUAUUGAAGUUUGUCUUCAAGUCAAGGAUUCUUGUCGACAGUGGAUACAUCAUGAAGUACUCGGAAAUAUUCCGUCAGAUACGCAUUCUCCAUACACUCCGGCAACUCUCUCACCCAAAUAUAGUACACAUGAUUGCCUGUGCGGUUGGGCACUUGCACAAGAAUGAUGUCGCGCAUGGGGAUGUCAAAAAACAAGAAUGUUAUUUGGAUGAGGAUGGUAACAGACGGUUGAUUGAUUUUGCGAGUGCUGCAUAUAUUCAAGAAGGCAAACAGGACAAUAAAUUCCGUGGAACUUUGGAUUAUGCUGCGCCUGAGAUGUUGACCAGUCGGGAAUAUGACGGUCUUCCGCAAGAUAUCAGGGUCUUGUUAUCUUAUAUAUAG